AUGAUAGUCUUCCAAGUUAAAAAGUCAAUCAUAGAGAAAGUUAAAGAUGCAAACUAUUUUUCUGUGAUUCUUGAUUGUACAACUGAUGUAAGUCAUCAAGAACAAAUGACUCUUAUUUUGAGAUGCGUUGAUACUUCUAAAUUUUCAAUUAAAAUCAAGGAGUAUCUUUUAGAAUUUUUAAAAGUUGAUGAUACAUCAGGAAAAAGUCUUUUUAACGAGCUUGUUAAUGUCUUAAAAAAAUAUGGCCUUAAUAUUGAUGAUAGAAGGGGACAAGAUUAUGAUAAUGGAAUGAAUAUUUGGGAUGAUAUUUUGUUUGCUGUCAAUUCUGUUAGCAAGAUUCUACAAUCAAAAGAUAUGCAUAUAGAUGUUAGUAUAAAUCAUUUAAAAGGUCGUAUCACUUAUUUUAAACAUUAUAGGGAAAACAGAUUUGCAUUGGCUUUAGAAUCCAAGGAAAAAAUGGCUAUCAAAAUGGAUAUAGAGCCAAAAUUUCGUAAAAAAUAUAAAAUUCAUAGAAAACCUCAUUUUGAUGAAUAUACUAGUAAUGAGAUCACACAUUCACCUGAAGAAUCUUUUUGUAUUGAGUAUUUUUUACACAUAUUAGAUCAAUCAAUUAAUUCUAUUGAGACAAGAUUUGAAUAA